GACACUAUCAGCGCGCGCCAGGAGUUCCGCGGGGUCGGGCAGGGUCGCCGUGGCGGGCGCCCGGGCCGCCGGCAGUUUAACUUCGUUUCCGCGGGCCCGUGGUGGUCUUUGCGUUGACUCCAGCAUCACUGUUUGUUGGCGUGUGGAGAUCACCCAGGGCGUUGAGGAAGUGACUGAGAAGAGCGUGCUGGGGAUGCUCUAAGAAGGACUGAAUGCUGAGACGAGUUCCAGUCCAAGAGAUUUUGGUUUUCUGAGAAGAAAGAGAGCAUCAUGGAUCAGAACAACAGCCUGCCGCCUUAUGCCCAGGGCCUGGCCUCCCCUCAGGGUGCCAUGACUCCUGGAAUCCCUAUCUUUAGUCCAAUGAUGCCUUAUGGCACGGGCCUGACUCCACAGCCAAUUCAAAACACCAACAGUCUGUCUCUUUUGGAAGAGCAACAAAGGCAACAGCAGCAGCAACAGCAGCAGCAGCAACAGCAACAACAGCAGCAGCAGGCAGUGGCAGCUGCAGCAGCCGUUCAGUCCACGUCCCAGCAGGCGACACAGGGGGCAUCGGGCCAGGCGCCGCAGCUCUUCCAUUCACAGACUCUGACAACGGCACCUUUGCCGGGCACCACUCCGCUGUAUCCCUCCCCCAUGACCCCCAUGACCCCCAUCACUCCUGCCACACCCGCCUCGGAGAGCUCUGGGAUUGUCCCACAGCUGCAAAAUAUUGUAUCCACAGUGAAUCUUGGUUGUAAACUUGACCUAAAGACCAUUGCACUUCGUGCCCGAAAUGCUGAAUAUAAUCCCAAGCGGUUUGCUGCUGUAAUCAUGAGAAUAAGAGAGCCACGAACCACAGCGCUGAUUUUCAGUUCUGGGAAAAUGGUGUGCACAGGAGCCAAGAGUGAAGAACAGUCCAGACUAGCAGCAAGGAAAUACGCCCGAGUUGUGCAGAAGUUGGGCUUUCCAGCCAAGUUCUUGGACUUCAAGAUUCAGAACAUGGUGGGGAGCUGUGAUGUGAAGUUCCCUAUAAGGCUAGAAGGCCUUGUGCUGACCCACCAGCAGUUCAGCAGCUAUGAGCCAGAGUUAUUUCCUGGUUUAAUCUACAGAAUGAUCAAACCCAGAAUUGUUCUCCUUAUUUUUGUUUCUGGAAAAGUUGUACUAACAGGUGCUAAGGUCAGAGCAGAAAUUUAUGAAGCAUUUGAAAAUAUCUACCCUAUUCUGAAGGGAUUCAGGAAGACAACGUAAUGGCUGUUAUGUGCCCCUGCUCCCCCACCCAUGUGGUUUGUAAACAGAUGAGUUUUGGUACCUUUAUGUGGUAUGUUGGGAGAGGAUGGAUGUUGAGUUGCAGGCUGCGGCACCAGGUGAUGCUCUUACAUGCCUACCGCUGAAUACACGCCCACCGUGGGGUACCAUGAAGGGGCGUUAUUUGUGCACUGAGAACACCAUGCAGCAUGACUGUGAGUUGCUCAUUCUGUGCUGCUAUUUGGGCAGCACUGCCCAUUUAUUUAUAUGUAG